CUGAAGCACAUUCACCCUUUCACCUGUCCAUCACACAUACAGGACACUGGGAUCUCUGAGUGGACAGUAAACAGUCAGUAACAGGAUGAUGGACGCUCGCUGGACAGCCGUGCUCUCUUUACUCUCAGCCUCAGUGUUGGUGAUCGGAGGUUCUUUUCCUCAGAGGCACCAUGAAGACCAUGAUGUGGAGUUCCUUUGGCCUUGUCCUCACUCUACUGCUGACUCUCCUGCCGCUCUUUCAGUUCACUCUGUGAGACCUGCAGACAUCACUGUACUCUCAGCUAUAGGACUCCCACACACACCUGGGACUGUAGAGUCUGUGAUCAUGAAGCAGCUGCACGAAUUGAUGUCCUUCUUCAGUCCUAAGUUAAUCAGCCUGUUACCUAAUGAAGCAAACUCUGACCCCAAAUGGUCCAGUUUGCUGUUAGAAGCUGAAGAGACAGUUUUCCUCCUGAACCGUCGACAGGUCACCCACGCUGAGAGCGAGUGGAAGCUGCUGGUUCUGUUUGUGCCGCUGGACAGGCAGUGUUUGUGCAGUGAGCAGGUCAGUGUUUUAGUGAGAGAGGUGGAUGCAGCUCUGCAGGUGCUGCACUCUCGGCUGGAGAAGGUCAUUAUCAGUGUAGUGCUCCUGGACACUGGACGUCUCCAACAAAGAAGGACAUGCCUUUGCCCACCAGUACAGUCCACUGCAGAGCUUCGGUUGACCACAGCGAUUUAUUCUCAUGUGCUGCUGGAGUCUUUAGAACAGCACCUGGUAGAGAAACAGUGGUACAGCAACAGAGAUGACUUCACCGUCCAGCUUCAGAGAGUCCCUCUAUCAGACCUCAUCCUCAGCUCGGAUGGUGAAGCUUCAGAGGAGAAACUGGAGUCAGAGACGUAUAAACUUGUUCUUCAGCUGUGGGAAAACCUGCUCCAGCCAACCAGCAAACAGAAAGCAGUGGAAAACAGUGAAAUGUUAAAAAUCCGGUGUCCGAGUGAGGAUCACCCGUUCAUCAGAACAGAGAGGAAUUCUCCGGCUGAAAGCUGGCCAGAAUCUAGAGCAACUCUCAGUGUUAUGGGGACUGAACUGCCUUGUAAAAACCUGAAUCCCUCCAACACUCCACCAACAUCAGUCCACGCUCUGAGGCCUGCUGAUAUCCAAGUGGUGGCAGCUCUCGGAGAUUCUCUAACGGCAGGGAAUGGUGUUGGGUCAUCACCGUACAACCUGCUGGACGUCAUGACACAGUAUAGAGGCCUGUCCUGGAGUGUUGGAGGAGACCAGAACCUCUCUACAGUCACCACACUGCCCAAUAUCCUGCGAGAAUUCAACCCUGCGCUGACCGGCUUCUCUGUGGAUAAGGGUAAAGAGGGAACAUCACAGGCUUUCCUCAACCAGGCUGUAGCAGGAGCCACCAGCGUUGACAUGCUGAAGCAAGCUCAGGCCUUGGUGAGCAGGAUGAAGAACGAUUCUCGCAUUGACUUCCACUCUGACUGGAAGGUGAUCACUCUGUUCAUCGGAGGGAAUGAUAUCUGUAACUCCUGCGAGAACUCUCUCUAUUACUCCACUGAGAACUUUGUGAAGCACGUCCAAGAGGCGCUGGACUACCUGCACAGUGAGGUUCCUCGGGCUGUAGUUAAUCUAGUGGAGCCGAUUCACAUCAUCCCGCUGAGAGGAAUGCACCAGGACUCCUCUCUGAACUGCCCCACAUGGCUGGUGCGGAUCCUCUGUCCCUGCGGUAUUUUACCAAAAGACGGAUCGAAAGCGCUGCAGGAUCUGGAUGAUCUGAACAGAGCUUAUCAGAGGGGGCUUGUGGACCUGGUGGAGUCGGGCCGCUAUGAUACACACUCUAACUUCACCGUAGUGCUGCAGCCUUUACUGAGGGAUUUAACACUGCCAUACACGGAUGGUCGUCCUGACCGCUCGUUUUUCUCUCCAGAUUGUUUCCACCUCAGUCAGAAAGCUCACACUCUGAUGGCUCGAGGUCUCUGGAACAACAUGCUGGAGCCGCUGGGUAAUAAAACUAACUCUCAGGAUUUCACUGCAGGACUCUCAGUCAAAUGUCCAUCAGAGAACUCUCCCUUCAUUCAGACCUAUGAGAACAGUAAUUACACAUAUAAAGGCCCAGCCCCGACACCACCACCCAUUUCAGAUUGGGGAAGUGAUUUCUCCUGCAUGGACACUGCACCGUCCAACAGUGUGCCCACUUCAGUUCACAGACUGCGGCCGGCUGACAUCUCUGUGGUUGCAGCACUCGGGGACUCUAUAACUACAGGGCUUGGAGCAAAGUCACAAAGCUACUUCCUGCUCAACACAGAAUACAAGGGAGUUUCCUGGAGUAUUGGGGGUGAUACAGCCUUAGAGACGACAACAACACUGCCCAACAUCCUGAGGAAGUUUAACCCAUCUGUUCAGGGCUUCUCUACAGGACAGGGCUUAUUCGCGAAGAAAGGCUUUAACAUGGCCGUGUCUGGAGCCAAAACCUCUGACCUCCCAGCUCAGGUCAGCGCACUAAUUGAGGCCCUGAAGUCCAGUCAGGAUGUGAAUUAUGAGUUGGACUGGAAGCUGAUCACGCUGUUUAUUGGGGGAAAUGAUUUGUGCCACUACUGCCUGGACCAGAACAAUCUGUCACCUCAAAACUACAGUCAUCACCUCAUGGAGGGGCUGGAUCUGCUCUACAGAGAGGUUCCUCGAGUGUUGGUGAACGUUGUGGCAGUUCCAGAGAUGGACGGGUUGAGGAGGAUCCAGAAAAACUCUUUACCCUGCAUGUUCAUCCCCAGUGAGAAGUGUCCGUGCUUCAUGCUCCCAGAUGACAACUCAGUAGAGCUGACCGAGAUAAAGCUGAUUAAUCUGCACUAUCAGACUGUAACAGAGCAGCUGAUAUCUGGGGGUCGAUAUGAUGGCCAUGAAGAUUUCGCUGUUGUCCUUCAGCCUUAUCUUCAAAACACAAUCAUUCCUCUAUCUAAAGAUGGAAACCCUGAUCUGAGUUAUUUUACAGUAGACUGCUUACAUUUGAGUGAGCAGGCUCACGCUGAGAUGGCCAUUGCUCUCUGGAAUAACAUGCUGGAGCCGGUAGGGAAGAAGCAGAUUUUUAACAACUUCACACACGACCGCACAAAGAUUCAGUGCCCUUCAGAGGCUCAGCCCUUCAUUUACACCAAAAUGAACAGUAUUCCUAACUACAGUACCACACCAAGCCCAAAUAUCACCCCUCAGACAACCCAGCCAACCCAGCCCACCCCGUGCCCCUCCACAGUGCCCAUCUGGGUGCCUGCGGUGUUUGGGGUCAUUGGUUUACUUCUCGGCUGGGGAAUCACAUGGCUUUUCCUGUGGAGGCGGAUGAAGAAGAUGAAAACUGCAAAGGAGACCAAAGAGAGAGAAACAGAGCUGAAAGGAACUAGCCUUUAGAAUGGAUUAGCCUUCAGCAUGAAUCAGUCAUUAGCAUUAGCCGUUAGACAUUAGACUGUCAAGGAAAAGUUCAAAUCAGCACAGACGACAUCAGUCAAGAGGUCCUGAAUGGUGGAAUUAUAUGACUUUCACAGCAAGUUUCAAAAUGUCUGCAUAAUUCAGUGGUUGAGAUGUAAACAAAGUCAUUCAGAGUGGUUUGGUGUGAAAUGGUUCAUCAUAGACAAACUUACUAGCUCAGAUUUCUUUACAUUUUCAACAUUUGGAAGACGUUCUUAAUCAGAGCAACUCACAAUUGGAUCAUUUUUUACAGAAGCAGGAGAAGGUAGUAUUGUUAGAAGUCUUGCUCAGGGACUCUUAUUGGUAUAAUGCAGCAUGAAGGGCAGAGGUGUUACCCACUCAUGAUGUCUGCAACGCAAAUAUAGACAUUUUAUUUACUAUCCAAAACCAC